CCUCAGACGAACCUUCAUAGUUCAAUGUACCUGUCGGCUUCGAUCAAAAAAACAAAAAAAAAAAGAAGGAGAAAUUCUCUCAAAUUCUCCAGAAAACGAAAAUAAAAAGAGAAAGAAAGAAACAAAAAGAAUCAAUCUCAUUACUGAGAGAAGUUCAUGCUCUUGCGAUUUGCGGAGAUACCGUUAAUCAUUUGAAGUAUCCGUUUUAACUUCUCCAGAAUGGAUCGUUCUGCUGGUGGUGAAGGUCCUGCUAUACUGCAGAUACAUAAAUGGGGUCCCUCAGAGUUGCAACUCAACCUCUCGGAAUUUCGUGAAGCCUUUAUAUCUCCAACAAGGGAGUUACUGUUAUUGCUUUCAUACCAGUGCCAAGCUUUGCUAGUUCCUCUGGUUACAGGGGACUCUGUGGAUUCUAAUGUUUCAGAAAGUUGUUAUGAUGAGGGUCCUCAAAAUUCAGAUUCAUCAGCUUGUAGAACUGAUUCAAAGGAUGAUAUUCCAUGUACUUCUGAAUCAGCAAUGGAUUCUGAUAAUGGUAUAUCUCUUGAAUGUAGAUUUUCAAGAUCUAAUAGUUACCCUUUUCUUUGUGAUGUAAACUCAUUGGCUUGGGGUGUGUGUGGGGAUACCUAUAAUCAGCACAAGGAUGGCCCAUUUAGAGAACUUCUUUUUGUGUCUGGCAGUCAAGGUGUGAUGGUGCAUGCAUUUUGUCAGCAUGAUAAUAGCAGUGUGCCCAGGGCAACUUCAGAGGGUGAGUUUAGGGAAGGGACAUGGGUUGAGUGGGGGCCUUCAUCUUCAUCAUUCCAAAAUAUCAAGGAAGAGGAGUCAAUUGAUUUGUCUUUUGAAUGCCCUGGAAAUGUUAUAGAUAAAAGCAGUGCUAAUGGACAGAGAGGAGUUCCAGACAAGACAAGUAAGAAAGCUGGGGUUGAUAAUUUGUCAGGAACUGCGACUUCAAAGAGGUGGUUGCAAUCAUUUUUCACUAAAGCUGAAACUAUUGAAUAUGAGGGUAGCAUUUGGACCAGGUUUCCUGAGACGUCAUCAUUUCCUUGCUCUGCGAAAGUUGUUUCUUUUCGUAUUUUUACUGGUAAUUUCCCAGUUCUGAGAUUUCUUUGUAAAGAGAACUCUUCAUCAAGUAAGGAGAGCUGCCUAGAGACGAUUGGGAAUUUAGAAAAUGGUUCCCAUGAAAACUUAGAGUUGUCUUCAUCAGAUAUUUGUUCUGAGACUUCAUACAAAUGCGCCAGAGUGUUCUCUGCCAAUUCACAUCAAUUAAUUGGAUUCUUUUUAACACUAAUGAACCCUGCAUCUGCCAAUACUAAUGAUGAAAGUGAGAAAAGCAGAUGUAAGAAUAUAAUUUUUGUUGCCCGAUUGAAUAGUUGGGGAAUUCAGUGGGUUUCUUUGGUGAAGCUUCAGGAAACUGUGAAUACAUGCCCACUGGUUGAGUGGAACGACUUCUGCCUUUCUGAUGAUUUUCUCAUUUGCCUCAAUGCUUCUGGCUUAGUGUUCUUUUAUAACGCAGUUUCUGGUGAGUAUGUUGCACAUCUUGAUAUUUUACAGACUUGUGGAUUAAACUGUCAGGUGACUUUGCCUGAACCAGAAAGUUCAACUCUAGAUGAUGAUAUGCACGGCAAGUCAUAUUAUCAGCAUGGUAGUUUAUUUGGUAGAAGAACAUUUAGGAGGCUACUUGUUGCAUCUUAUACAUCUCUCCUGGCUGUGAUCGAUGAAUGUGGUGUAGUAUAUGUGAUAUAUUCUGGUAACCAUUUACCAGACAAGUGUUACGCUUUUGACAAAUUGCUUCCACAUUAUAAACAUUUAGGACUUGGGAUGUUAGUUGGUUGGGAUGUUGGUGGUUGUGAUGUAAGCCAUCAAAGGAUAUUUUUUAAUUCUACACAUUCUUGUAAUUUAAAUAGUGCUUCCAAAAUGAAAGAAAGUGUUUCCUUUUAUGAUAAUAUUGGAAGCAAUUUGCUUCAGAAAAUCCAUGGCUGGAACCUUUAUGGAAAUAGGUGUCUGUGUGAUUCAGUCUUGAAUGGCUUUUCUGCUACUUCAAAAGUAACGGGUGAGAAAGUUCAUGAUUCGCAAACACAGUUCCACCUUAUGCGAAAGGUUUUUCUUCCAACAGAUAGAUAUAGUGAUGAUGACUGUAUCUGUUUUUCUCCUUUGGGGAUUACUCGGCUCAUUAAAAGGCAUAAUUUUAAGGAGCCCAAGAGUUCUCAAAUUGUUCAUUUUGACUUGCAUACAGACUCAGUAGUCCACGAUGACAGAUGCUUGAAUUCAGGAAGUGAAAAAUUUUCUCUCCAUGGGAGAGAAGAAGCUUGUAUUGGAGAAGCUGUUGGUUGUACAUUCCAGGGAUGCUUUUAUUUGGUGACUAAAGGUGGUCUUUCAGUGGUUCUUCCUUCUUUUUCAGUUUCACCAAAUUUCCUUCCUGUUGAAACCAUUGGUUAUCAGCAGCCAAGAAUUAGUACUGGCGUUGGAUGUCAAGCAAAAAAUACUCUGGGAAUGGAAGAGCCAAAAAUGUUCUUGUCGCCUUGCAAAGUUGAAAUUUUGGAUAGAGUUCUUCUCUAUGAAGGUCCUGAAGAGGCAGAUCGCUUAUGUCUGGAAAAUGGAUGGGAUCUGAAGUUUUCUCGGGUGCGUCGGCUGCAAAUGGCAUUGGACUACUUGAAAUUUGAUGAAGUAAAGCAAUCUUUGGAAAUGCUUGUGGGUGUCAACCUGGCAGAAGAAGGUGUUUUAAGAUUGCUUUUUGCUGCAGUUUAUCUUAUGUUUCGGAAAAAUGGCAAUGAUAAUGAGGUUUCUGCUGCAUCAAGGCUACUGCAAUUGGCCACCUGGUUCGCUACCAAAAUGAUCCGUGAAUAUGGAUUACUCCAGCGUAAAAGGGAUGCAUUCAUGUUGCAGGGCUUAGAUGGGAGCCGUCUCCUUGCUCUUCCUCCAGUUUUACCUGAUAAAGCACACAAUGAAAUGGGAUAUUCCGUAAGGCUUCGCGAGAUGGCUCAUUUUCUGGAGAUUAUUCGUAAUCUGCAAUCUCAACUCAGAGAAAAACUUAAAAAGCCAGGCCAAGGAUUGGUGGAUCAGGAGGAGCCACUAAGUAUAGUAGAUCCAAAUUCCUUGCAGGAAGAAUUUCAGUUUUCAACACCUUUAACGAUUUCAUUGGAGACAUUGAAUCAAUAUGACCUUCAGAUUCCUGCAUUGACCUUCCCAUCCAGCAAUAAUGAGAGGCUUGCUUUGGUUCCUGACAAUUCUCUGAGCUCUGAAGCUUAUUUGGACUCAGAGGAUUCAAGUGAGUCAUCUGCCCUUGUUUCACGAGGGGUAAUUUCAGGGAAGAAAAUUCUUCCCUCUGAAAAUCCCAAAGAGAUGAUUGCACGUUGGAAACUAGAUAAACUGGAUUUGAAAACUGUGGUAAAGGAUGCCUUACUCUCUGGUCGCCUCCCUUUAGCUGUUCUUCAACUGCAUCUUCGACGUUCAAGCGAAUUCACCUCUGACGAAGGGCCUCAUGAUACCUUCAAUGAAGUUAGUGACAUUGGAAGAGAUAUUGCUUAUGAUCUAUUUUUGAAGGGUGAAACUGGACUUGCUAUAGCAACAUUACAACGGCUUGGAGAGGAUGUUGAAGUCUGCCUCAAGCAGUUAUUAUUUGGCACAGUGAGGAGAAGUCUACGUAUGCAAAUUGCUGAAGAGAUGAGGAGAUAUGGUUACCUGGGAUCAGUUGAGUGGAAUGUAUUGGAGAGAAUAUCACUUAUUGAGAGGCUUUAUCCUAGCUGUAGUUUCUGGAAAACAUUUCUUGACCAUCAGAAAGGGCGCAUGCAAGUGACAUCAACUUUAAACUCACCAGGAGGGAUUCAUUUGUGCCUAUUGGAUUUUUUCAACCACUUAACAAUUGAGUGUGGUGAGAUUGAUGGAGUAGUUUUAGGUUCAUGGCCAAAUGUUAAUGAAAAUUCAUCUGAUCCUGCGCUUGAUCAAGAAAGUGCCCAUGCUGGAUACUGGGCUGCUGCUGCUGUGUGGUCCAAGGCCUGGGAUCAGAGAACCAUUGAUCGUAUAGUACUGGAUCAGCCUUUUGUAAUGGGUGUCCAUGUGUCAUGGGAGUCACAAUUGGAGUAUUAUAUAUAUCGUAAUGACUGGGAGGAAGUCUUCAAACUCUUAGACCUUAUUCCUACAUCUGUUUUAUCAAAUGGAAGCCUCCAAAUAGCUUUAGAUGGUUUCCAGCCUGCCUCAACUGUUGAAUGCAGUGGAUUUCCUGACUUUAGCAAUUAUAUUUGCUCUGUUGAAGAACUGGAUGCCAUAUGCAUGGAUGUUCCAGAUAUCAAAAUUUUGAGGUUGUCUUCCUCUGUUAUGUGUUCUACAUGGUUAAGGAUGCUCAUGGAGCAGGAGCUUGUAAAGAAACUGAUUUUUUUGAAGGACUACUGGGAAGGCACUGCAGAGAUAGUAUCUCUUCUUGCACGGUCAGGCUUUGUUACAAACAGUUAUAAGAUUUCAUUUGAAGAUAAUUCCAUUGAGAGAUCGUCAGAUCUACAUUUCUCAAACAGCAGUGAAAAUUUUCAAGAAGACACUGUGCAAGCUCUGGAUAAAUUACUUAUUCGCUACUGUGCACAAUAUAAUUUGCCAAAUCUUCUGGACCUUUACCUUGAUCAUCACAAGUUGGUUCUCAAUGAUGAUUUACUUUUUUCAUUACAGGAAGCUGCAGGAGAUUGUCAUUGGGCAAGAUGGUUGCUCUUAUCGAGGAUUAAAGGGCAUGAAUAUGAUGCAUCUUUUGCAAAUGCUCGUUCAAUAAUGUCAGAUAAUUUAGUUCUUGGUGGAAACCUCCGUGGUCAUGAAGUAGAUGAAGUAAUUCGUACUAUUGAUGAUAUUGCGGAAGGAGGUGGGGAGAUGGCAGCAUUAGCGACUCUAAUGUAUGCUGCUGCUCCAAUCCAGAAUUGCUUAAGUAGUGGGAGCGUUAACAGGCAUAAUAGCUCCACAGCUCAAUGCACAUUAGAAAAUUUGAGACCUACAUUGCAGCACUAUCCUACAUUGUGGCGCACACUUGUAUCUGGAUUUGGACAAGAUACAACUUUCAGUAACGUCAGUACCAGAGCAAAAAAUGCUUUAACAGAUUACCUAAAUUGGCGUGACAACAUUUUUGUCUCUACUGGACGUGAUACUUCACUACUACAGAUGCUGCCUUGCUGGUUUCCUAAGGCUGUGCGGCGGUUGAUCCAGCUUUAUGUGCAGGGUCCCCUUGGAUGGCAAACGCUUUCAGGUCUUCCUACUGGAGAAUCUUUGUUGGAUAGAGACAUUGAUUUUUACAUAAAUUCUGAUGAACAAACUGAGAUUAAUGCUAUCUCCUGGGAAGCAACUAUCCAGAAACAUGUUGAAGAGGAACUUUAUCACUCUUCACUUGAGGAUACUGGACUUGGGCUUGAACAUCACUUGCAUCGUGGACGUGCACUUGCAGCUUUUAAUCAUCUUCUCACUUCAAGAGUUGAAAAGUUGAAAAGAGAUGGGAGAUCCAGUGCUUCUGCACAGACAAAUGUUCAAUCAGAUGUCCAAACACUUCUUGCACCUAUAUCUGAGAGUGAAGAGUCUCUUCUUUCAUCUGUCAUGCCCUUUGCCAUUACCCAUUUUGAAGACACUGUAUUAGUGGCAUCAAGUGUUUUUCUUUUGGAGCUUUGCGGUUCAUCAGCCAGCAUGCUCCGAGUAGAUGUAGCUGCAUUGAGAAGGAUAUCUUUCUUUUACAAAGCCAUUGAAAAUAAGGAGAAGUUUACGCAACUUUCCCCUAAGGGUUCUGCAUUUCAUGCUGCAUCACAUGAUGACAAUGUUAUGGAGUCUCUAGCUCGAGCACUUGCUGAUGAAUGUAUGCAUGGGGAUAGUUCAAGGAAUUCUAAGCAAAAAGGAUCUCUAAUCUCAGUUUCUAGUAAACAGCCUUCACGAGCUCUUGUGCUUGUCCUACAGCAUUUAGAGAAGGCUAGUCUUCCGCUGUUGGUGGAGGGAAAGACAUGUGGAUCUUGGCUGUUGACUGGUAAUGGUGACGGCACUGAAUUGAGAUCUCAACAAAAAGCUGCAAGCCAGUACUGGAGUUUAGUCACUGUCUUCUGUCAGAUGCAUCAGCUUCCCUUGAGCACAAAAUAUCUUGCUGUAUUAGCAAGAGACAAUGACUGGGUUGGAUUUUUGAGUGAAGCUCAGAUAGGAGGGUACUCAUUUGACACAGUGUUCCAAGUUGCAUCAAAGGAAUUCAGUGAUCCUCGUCUUAAGAUUCAUGUACUGACAGUUUUGAAAAGCAUGCAAUCAAAAAAAAAAUCUAGCUCCCAAUCAUACUUGGGUACUUCUGUGAAAAGGAGUGAAAGUCCCUUUACAGAGGAAAAUGUAUAUAUCCCCGUUGAACUCUUUAGAGUUUUAGCCGAUUGCGAGAAGCAGAAAAACCCUGGAGAGUCCCUAUUGCUAAAAGCAAAGGACUUUUCCUGGUCUAUUUUGGCCAUGAUUGCAUCAUGCUUUCCAGAUGUGUCUCCACUGUCCUGCUUAACAGUUUGGCUGGAAAUAACUGCAGCCAGGGAAACUAAAUCCAUCAAGGUGAAUGACAUAGCUUCGCAGAUAGCAGAUAAUGUUGCAGCAGCUGUAGAAGCUACCAAUUCCUUGCCAGCUGGCAGCAGAGCACUUUCAUUUCACUACAAUCGGCGGAGUCCAAAACGUAGGCGGCUUUUGGAAUCCAUAUCUAGGACUCCCUUGUCUGAGACAUCUGAUAGUGCAACAAGAAUAUUUUCCGAUGAGGGCAGUAUUGCCGGGGAAGAUAGAAAUGUUGAACUUGGUGAACAGAUUAAUGUUUCAAGUGAUCUUAAUGAAGGUCCAGCUUCUCUGACCAAGAUGGUUGCAGUGCUUUGUGAGCAACGCCUCUUUCUGCCUUUACUAAGAGCAUUUGAAAUGUUCCUCCCUUCGUGUUCUUUACUUCCAUUUAUCCGGGCUCUUCAGGCAUUUUCACAAAUGCGUCUGUCUGAAGCUUCAGCACAUCUUGGUUCGUUUUCUGCGAGAAUUAAGGAGGAACCAAGUCAUUUACAGACAAAUAUUGGUAGAGAAUGCCAGAUUGGAAUAUCAUGGAUUAGUUCCACUGCUAUAAAAGCUGCUGAUGCUACACUUUCAACUUGUCCAUCUCCUUAUGAAAAGAGGUGCCUACUGCAACUUCUUGCUGCUGCUGACUUUGGAGAUGGAGGCUCUGCGGCAGCUUACUAUCGACGACUUUAUUGGAAAAUUAAUCUAGCAGAGCCUUCUUUGCGUAAAAAUGAUGGUCUGCACCUCGGGAAUGAGACUCUAGAUGAUUCUUCCCUUCUAACAGCACUAGAAGAGAACAGGCAGUGGGAGCAAGCACGCAACUGGGCUAGGCAGUUGGAGGCAAGUGGUGGACCUUGGAAGUCUACUGUUCACCAAGUUACUGAAACUCAGGCUGAGUCCAUGGUAGCUGAAUGGAAAGAAUUCCUUUGGGAUGUCCCUGAAGAGAGAGUUGCUUUAUGGGAUCACUGCCAGACGCUAUUCAUCAGAUAUUCCUAUCCUGCUUUACAGGCGGGGUUGUUUUUCCUUAAGCAUGCAGAAGCAGUGGAGAAAGAUCUUCCAGCAAGUGAGCUUCAUGAAAUGUUGCUGCUUUCUCUUCAAUGGUUAAGUGGGAUGAUAACCCAGUCCAAACCUGUUUAUCCUUUACAUCUUCUGCGAGAAAUUGAGACUAGAGUAUGGCUUUUGGCCGUGGAAUCUGAAGCUCAAGUGAAAAGUGAAGGAGAGAUCAGUUUAACAAGUUCUAGCCGGAACCCUGUCACAGGGAAUAGUUCCAACAUUAUCGAUAGAACUGCUAGCGUAAUAACAAAGAUGGACAAUCAUAUUGAUUUAAUGAAUAGUAGAACUGUAGAGAAAUAUGAUGCAAGAGAAGUACACCACAGAAAUCAAGCAUUAGACUCCAGCUCUUCUACAGUGACAAUUGGGAGUUCGAAGACAAAACGGAGGGCCAAAGGCUAUGUGCCAUUGAGAAGGCCACUGGUGGACACAGUAGAAAAGGGCCUUGAGCCUGAAGAUAGUUCCAAUCCUCCCAACCUUAGAAAUGACUUCCAGUUGCAAGAUGAAGGCUUUAGAAUUGAAAUAUCUUCUCCUAAGUGGGAGGAGAGGGUUGGACCUGCAGAACUUGAAAGGGCUGUUCUAUCCUUACUGGAGUUUGGACAAAUAACGGCUGCCAACCAACUCCAACAGAAGCUGUCUCCAGGACAGAUGCCUUCUGAAUUCAUCCUAGUGGAUACUGCUUUGAAACUUGCUUCAAUGUCCACUCCUACCAGUGAAAGACCAAUAGCAAAGCUUGAUGAGGAAUUUCUUUCUGUUAUUCAGUCAUACAAUAUACCAACUGCUCAGCAUCUCAUCUACCCACUGCAGGUCUUGGAGACUUUAGCAGCUGUUUUCACUGAAGGUAGUGGGCGUGGGUUAUGUAAGAGAAUAAUAGCGGUUGUCAAAGCUGCAAAAGUCUUGGGUCUUUCAUUUUUGGAGGCAUUUGGCAAGCAGCCUGUUGAAUUGCUACAGCUACUCUCUCUUAAAGCACAAGAAUCUUUUGAAGAAGCAAAUCUCCUUGUGCAAACUCAUGUUAUGCCAGCUGCUAGUAUUGCUCAAAUUCUUGCAGAAUCCUUUCUAAAGGGUUUAUUGGCUGCUCAUCGUGGGGGAUAUAUGGAUUCUCAGAAAGAAGAAGGCCCGGCUCCUCUAUUGUGGAGAUUUUCAGAUUUCUUGAAGUGGGCCGAACUGUGUCCUUCUGAACCAGAAAUUGGCCAUGCAUUGAUGCGUUUAGUGAUUACUGGACAAGAAAUACCGCAUGCCUGUGAGGUUGAGCUUCUUAUUCUUUCCCACCAUUUCUACAAAUCAUCAGCAUGCCUUGAUGGAGUUGAUGUUCUUGUAGCCCUUGCUGCAACCCGGGUUGAAGCUUAUGUUUCUGAGGGUGAUUUUGCAUGUUUGGCUCGCUUGAUAACUGGAGUUGGAAAUUUCCAUGCUCUUAAUUUCAUUCUUGGCAUUCUCAUAGAAAAUGGUCAAUUGGAUCUACUUCUUCAGAAGUAUUCCACUGCUGCAGACACAAAUGCAGGCACUGCUGAGGCUGUCAGAGGAUUUCGAAUGGCUGUUCUGACAUCAUUGAAGCAUUUUAACCCUUACGACCUUGAUGCAUUUGCUAUGGUUUAUAACCACUUUGACAUGAAGCAUGAAACAGCUGCUCUGCUGGAGUCACGAGCGGAGCAAGCUUCCUUGCAGUGGUUUCAACGUUAUGACAGAGACCAGAAUGAAGAUCUCCUGGAAUCAAUGCGCUACUUCAUUGAAGCUGCUGAAGUGCACUCUUCAAUUGAUGCUGGCAAUAAAACACGCAGGGCUUGCGCCCAGGCUUCCCUUGUCUCUCUUCAAAUACGAAUGCCAGAUUCCAAGUGGCUCAACCUGUCUGAAACAAAUGCUAGGCGAGCACUAGUUGAGCAAUCACGUUUCCAAGAGGCUCUAAUAGUUGCAGAAGCCUAUGGUCUUAAUCAGCCGACAGAAUGGGCCCUAGUACUUUGGAAUCAGAUGCUCAAUCCAGAGCUGACAGAAGAGUUUGUGGCUGAAUUUGUGGCUGUGCUUCCUCUUCAGGCAUCUAUGCUUAUUGAACUGGCAAGAUUCUAUAGGGCUGAGGUAGCAGCCAGAGGUGAUCAGUCCCAAUUCUCAGUUUGGCUCACUGGUGGAGGGUUGCCCGCAGAAUGGGCCAAAUACCUUGGGAGAUCAUUUAGAUGCUUGUUGAAGAGGACUAGGGAUUUGAGGUUACAGUUGCAGCUGGCUACUGCUGCUACUGGGUUCGCUGAUGUGGUGGAUGCCUGCAUGAAGGCCUUGGAUAGGGUCCCUGACACUGCAGCGCCACUUGUUUUGAGGAAAGGGCAUGGUGGGGCUUACCUCCCAUUAAUGUAAAAAACAUGGUUGUUAGUGAGAGUAUGAUUUUGGCAGAGGCUGGCUGAUGAUUAUUCCGAUGGUUAAGACUUGAUUGAUAGGAUGAUGAUGAUGCUCAUGAAUCCAAGGAUAGUUUCCUAGUAUUGCCACUUUACAAUCAUCACUGAAGAACGUGUGCCAUGGCAAGAUAUGGAAGUUGUUGGUAAGCUGCGGAGCUUGGGAUGAUCUUUUUGUUAUAUAAACAUUGAUUGGACAAAACUCAGAACUAGGAUGCGGAAAAAAAAGUGAUUGAAGAGUGUAUUUUAGAUUUAGAUUAGGGGUUUCCAUUGCAAUUAAAAUGUUGUAUGAUGGUUUGGUUCAUUUGUUCCAUUUUAUUUUUUUGGGAAAUAUCUUGUUCCAGUUAACAAAUUAGGGUAGGCAGGCUGUAGAUGCCAUUGGAUGAAUAUUAGGGGGCAAGGGUCCAUAUCAUUUUUGUAAGAAAUGUACAGUUUGUCCAUUCUUUUUCCAAUAUAUAGUUCAUUUGCCAA